GCAGUGCGCAGGCGCGCACCUGUGAGGCGCAGGGGCUCCGGGAGCCCCGCCUCUCCCGGCCGCUCCCACCUCCCUUGUCUCUCCACCCGCAGGCUCCGCCUCGCCUCCUCCCAGCUGACGCCCCGUGGCUCGGCCGGCGGACGGCGUGUUGCUGCGUCAUCGCCAGUGGCCGGUUUGAAUGAGGCUCUCGUCGCACCGUGUCUGCCGCCACCACCGCGCCUCCGCCUCGGCCGCCGCCACAGCUUCUUCGCGGCCCCUUCCUUUCGCCGCCCUUGCCAGGCCCAGCCUUCCUGCGCCGCCUCCUAGCGCGCCCUGCCAUGCCGCUCUACUCAGUUACUGUGAAAUGGGGAAAGGAGAAAUUUGAAGGUGUAGAAUUGAAUACUGAUGAACCUCCGAUGGUGUUCAAGGCUCAGCUUUUUGCACUGACUGGAGUCCAGCCGGCCAGACAGAAGGUUAUGGUGAAAGGAGGAACAUUGAAGGAUGAUGAUUGGGGAAACAUCAAAAUAAAAAAUGGAAUGACUUUACUAAUGAUGGGGUCAGCAGAUGCUCUUCCUGAGGAACCCUCAGCUAAAACUGUCUUUGUAGAAGACAUGACAGAAGAACAGUUAGCAUCUGCUAUGGAAUUACCAUGUGGAUUGACAAACCUUGGUAACACCUGUUACAUGAAUGCUACAGUCCAGUGUAUUCGUUCUGUACCUGAACUCAAAGAUGCCCUUAAAAGGUAUGCAGGUGCCUUGAGAGCUUCAGGGGAAAUGGCUUCAGCACAGUAUAUUACUGCAGCCCUUAGAGAUUUGUUUGAUUCCAUGGAUAAAACUUCUUCUAGUAUUCCACCUAUUAUUCUACUGCAGUUUUUGCACAUGGCUUUUCCACAGUUUGCAGAGAAGGGCGAACAAGGACAAUAUCUUCAACAGGAUGCUAACGAAUGUUGGAUACAAAUGAUGCGAGUAUUGCAACAGAAAUUAGAAGCUAUGGAGGAUGAUACUGUUAAAGAGACAGAUUCUUCACCUGCACCAGCAGUGACACCUUCUAAAAAGAAAAGUUUAAUUGAUCAGUUCUUCGGAGUUGAAUUUGAAACUACCAUGAAAUGUACAGAAUCUGAAGAAGAAGAAGUCAGUAAAGGAAAGGAAAGUCAGCUUCAGCUUAGCUGUUUUAUCAAUCAAGAAGUCAAGUAUCUUUUUACAGGACUUAAGUUGCGACUUCAGGAAGAAAUCACCAAACAGUCUCCAACAUUGCAAAGAAAUGCUUUGUACAUCAAAUCUUCCAAGAUCAGCCGGUUGCCUGCUUACUUGACUAUUCAGAUGGUUCGAUUUUUUUAUAAAGAGAAGGAAUCUGUGAAUGCCAAAGUUCUUAAGGAUGUUAAAUUUCCUCUUAUGUUGGAUGUGUACGAACUAUGUACACCAGAACUUCAAGAGAAAAUGAUUUCUUUUCGAUCAAAAUUCAAGGAUCUGGAAGAUAAAAAAGUAAAUCAGCAGCCAAAGACAAGUGACAAAAAGAGUAGUCCCCCAAAAGAAGUUAAGUAUGAACCCUUUUCUUUUGCUGAUGACAUUGGCUCCAAUAAUUGUGGAUACUAUGACUUACAAGCAGUGCUAACACAUCAGGGAAGAUCUAGCUCUUCAGGUCAUUAUGUAUCCUGGGUGAAAAGGAAACAAGAUGAAUGGAUUAAGUUUGACGAUGAUAAGGUCAGCAUCGUGACACCAGAGGAUAUCUUGAGGCUUUCUGGUGGUGGAGACUGGCAUAUAGCUUAUGUUCUACUCUAUGGGCCUCGCAGAAUUGAAAUAAUGGAAGAGGAAAGUGAACAGUAAUCUUCAUUUUAGAUAUUUAUGCUUAGGUGUGAAAUAAAUGUUGUUUGUUGAUCAUUUCUAUAACCCAGAGCUUUAAAGGAAGAUUUUUAGGUGGUUUUACAUGUUUCCCCUCAUGUGGAAUAAAAGAGGGCAGAAGCAGACCACUCUGUUACUGACCUAAAAAAUAACAGAAAAGAGAAAAUUGCCUUUGGACUGUGCUGCCCUAUAUAAAGGUGACAGGAAGACAUUUUUAAAAAGCUUAUUUCUUGGAUUUUUAAAAAUUAUGAGUUGAAAUGCCUUUCAACCAUUACCUUCUGUGAUAAUUUUUCUUCCUGUCUUUUUCAGCCCAAGAUUCAGCAAUCAGAUGUUUAUUGCACACCUAUUACUCUUCUUUGUUGUUUUUGCAUGGUUCAAACCACCAGUGAUUCAGUAGCUGCCCAUCCUUUGCAUUAUCUAACAAAAAUUUUGCCAGGACGGUGGAAAGGAAGUUAAGUGUUGAUCUCAUUGUGUAACUCAGUGCUGCUGUCCCCAUCCCAUGGAAACAUGGGUACAAUCAAGUAUUUGUCCAGCCUGACUGUUGCUGGCUUUUCAUGACUUUAAAAUAAAUUGUGAUCAAUAAUAGUACAUUUGAUUAUACAUUUAUUACUGUGUCUCUGAUGUACUACGUUUGUACAUUUAACUUUGCAAUGGUUUUGUAGUAAUCAACCUUAAAAAUAAUGUUGACAAGCUCUGGUUGCUUAUUUUUAGACAAUUAGGAUAUUUAAUUUAAAAAAAAAAAAAACAAAGAGGGACUAACAGCGUUUGACCUCAAGUCUUUUUGUCUGUUGAGUGUUGGAGCUUGGCUGAAGUUCAGAUAUGUUUACUACUAUUACAGUUUCUGCAGAUGGUUAGUUUAACUAUGCUCUUAAGCAUCCAUUUAAAAAUACUGUCUUCUUCACCUGCUAGCAUAAUAUUGUUUAAAAAGGAAUAGAGUUGUAAAAGUCAUGGAGUUCUUUGGAUGCUGAAUGCAACCAUGUUAUCAGAUCUGUUCCUUGGCUCAAUUGGGUGUUUAUUUCUACUCCCCUGUCAACUCCCAAAUUCUUAAUGUCUGUCAAAAUUUAAUACCAAUGAUUUUUAAAGUGAUGGUAGAAAUACCAGAGUAUGAGAUACUUCAAUAUAUGGUAUGUUUCUUCCAUUUUAAUACACUCUAGUCAAUUCAUUUUUGUUUUAGGAGCCUUGCUUGGUUGUGAAAGGAUAGAAUAUCAGCUGACUUAUCUGAUUUCCUUUGAGUUAGAUAUUUAUAAUAAAGUUUGGGGGAUUAUCGUGAAAUCUCAUCUUUGCUUAUGCUGUUUUAAUGCUCUGCAGAGCAUAGUAGUGAUAACUAUUAGAUUCUUAGAGAAUAAUGGCCAUUUCCUCUCAAGUUUGAACAAUGUAAUAUAAUCUAAGAACACUAGGGGAUAAAAUAAGCAUUUCAGGAAAAUUUAUUUGUAAAUAGCUUCUUCAGCUAAGCUUUAAUAAUUGGCAAUCAGUACUGCUUUUGCCUUGGAGGGGGUGUAGAAUAGAAUAGGGAGGAUGAGACCAUAAGAAUUGUAAUGAUUCUUCUAUAUAUUGGUGUGAUGCUUGUAAAUUUGUGAAGUUUUUUUAUUCACUAUCUUAUUUUGUUCUGAACAAUUUUGAGGACACCAAUUUAGGAAUUAGAAUUCAGAUUUUACGAUUUUGGAGGAUGCUGUAGCUACUAGAUCAGGUAGGCUUAGAACGAAGUAUAGAAGCCUCGUAUGGAAUUAGCAUUUUAAAUUAUAAUUCCUUAAUUGUCAUUAUAAAACACUUCGUUUUAUUUGAUCCAGGAAAGCAUUAUAAAGUAUAAGAAAUUGGACUUAUACUAGUGUUGUUUUAAACUAUUAAUUUAAGGCUAUUUUAGAAUUCAGCCUUUCAUGUAAGAUCUUUGAAAAGAGAAUAAGAAAGAAAAUGUCUUGAUUGAUUCCUGAGAGUGCCUUAUGUGCUGUGCCCCUCGCACUGAGGCCCUUUUGAUAUUAGGGCUGUGCUGGAUCACUGUUGGACUAGCAAGUGAGGUGAAGCCCCAGCAAGAAUAUUUUUAGUGACAGGCACUUAGCCCUCCUUCCAGAUUCAAAACAACGACCGUAGCACCCUAAAGGGUAACUUACAUGGGAAUGGAAACUGUCUCCAGCCAUGACUACACAGUGCUUCGCCGUUUGUAGGAUGCUUUCACAUACAUCUCAUUUGAACUUCACAACAAUCCCUGAGGUAUGUAUCCCUAUUUUAAUGACUUGAGAGCUUAAAAUAAGUUCUGUAAGGCUAAAAUAACUACGUUUUAGACUUCACCCCAUUUCUUUUAAAGUUGGGGGUUGGAGAAUAUUUUCUGCCAUGGGCCAGGUAUUUUAAAAAAUAUGUUUUAAGCUUUGCAGGCCAUAAGUCUUUGUUGCAACUAUGUAACUUUGCUGUUGUAGCAUGAAAGGAGCCAUAGACAGUACUUAAAGAAUCAGCAUGGCUGUGUACCAUUAAAAUUUUACUUAUAAAAAGAGGUGACAAAUGGACCAUUUGUUUGCUGAUCCUCUGAUCCUCUGCUUUAAAGCCUAGAUGAUGAGACUAGAGCAGUUCAUAUGGUUUCAGAAAGUAUUACUGUGGGAUGUUCAGGAUAGCAAGUUAAAUUCUGUAACUACUAAUGCAAUGCAGGAAACCAUUUUGGCAUAGUGUAUCUUAGGAAACACCAUGCCCCUAAAUAUUGCUUACGGACUUUAUUAUAAAUGUUUAAUUAAAAAUAUUAUGUGACCUUGAGGUCACUUUACUUUGGCCAUUUCCCCAACCUACCCCCUUGUCCCCCAAGACCCUGAGGUCAGUCAUCAAGAGCCACCGUGCAUUCUGUUGUUCUUGGAGCACCAGCCAACUGUACAACUGUUAUACAAAUGUUUAUUGUUUACCAAAACCAGUGGACCUCUUAUCAAAUGCUGCUUGGUAACAAAAGCUUAUCACAGUUUU